CGGUUCUCUCGCUUGCGAAAAUGUCUAGGACGUGUUGAUGUGGUAACGUAGCUGACGGUGUAUUUACCAAGUAUAUGUGUGGUUAUUUUUUUUUUAAAAUAUCAAUUUGGUUUCACAUAGCUAGCCAAAUAACAGGUUUAUAUUGUGUUUAGCUGUCUAGCGGUGUUAACGUCGCGAAUGUAGCCAGUUAGCAGCGUUGGCAUUUCUAAUGAAUGACCCAGUUUAAAACAUGGACCUGCCUCUCCGUCGUUUUCGUAUUCAUGUCAAUUUAUAAAAGUCUGUUAAUAAUUGCAGUGAAAGACAAGUCUGCUAAUAAUGACUGAUUUUUAGAAAGUUUUUGAUAGACGUGUACUUUUCCAGUUGAGGCACAUAGGAAAGGUGUUGUAGAUAUUUUUGAUUUGUAGAUAAUAACGUUACAUUAGCAGAACAACCUUUAUGUGUGUGUGUGUGUGUGUGUGUGUGUGUGUGUGUUUUGAUAAUGAACUGUGAAAUCACCUUUUGGAUGAAACAACAGCAACAAACAUCCAACAAGAUAUUUGCGUUGCGUCAGAGUUGAAAGUUCUGCUCGGUUGUCCAUGUGACCACAUCGUUCCUAGAGGGUGCAAUGACAACCUUCCCAGAGUUCAUUCAGCAGAAUGAAGACCGCGAUGGAGUGCGUUUCAGCUGGAACGUUUGGCCCUCCAGUCGACUGGAGGCCACGCGUAUGGUAGUGCCUGUGGCUUCUCUCUUUACCCCACUGAAAGAGCGUCCGGAUCUCCCACCUAUACAGUAUGAACCAGUGCUGUGUAGCCGUGCUACCUGCCGGGCUGUACUCAAUCCACUAUGCCAAGUGGAUUACAGAGCAAAACUGUGGGCUUGCAAUUUCUGUUAUCAGAGAAACCAGUUUCCCCCAACCUACGCUGGAAUAUCAGAGGUGAACCAGCCAGCUGAACUGCUUCCACAGUUCUCCACCAUUGAAUAUGUAGUCCAGAGAGGUCCUCAGAUGCCCCUGAACUUUCUGUAUGUGGUAGACACAUGUAUGGAAGAUGAGGACCUGCAGGCUCUGAAGGAAUCUCUGCAGAUGUCUCUGAGCCUGCUGCCCCCCACAGCCUUGGUGGGUCUCAUCACAUUUGGACGGAUGGUGCAGGUGCAUGAGCUGGGUUGUGAGGGCAUCUCUAAAAGCUAUGUAUUCAGAGGAACCAAAGACCUCAGUGCAAAGCAGCUACAGGAGAUGCUUGGUCUGAGCAAACAAACUGUGGCACAACCAGGCCGUGGACCACAGCAACCCCAAGCUCCUCCUCCUAACAGAUUCCUACAGCCAGUACAGAAGAUUGAUAUGAACUUGACUGAUCUCCUGGGAGAGCUGCAGAAAGACCCUUGGCCUGUCACCCAGGGUAAACGGCCCCUCAGAUCAUUAGGAGUAGCACUAUCUAUUGCUGUUGGACUGUUAGAGUGCACAUUCCCCAAUACAGGGGCUCGAAUAAUGACCUUUAUUGGUGGCCCAGCCACCCAGGGCCCGGGCAUGGUGGUUGGAGAUGAGCUGAAGACACCCAUCCGUUCCUGGCACGACAUAGAGAAAGACAAUGCGAAAUUCAUGAAAAAAGCCACUAAACACUAUGAAGCCUUGGCAAACCGAGCUGCAGCCAAUGGUCACAUCAUUGACAUUUAUGCCUGUGCCCUGGACCAGACAGGAUUGGCAGAGAUGAAGUGUUGCACCAACUACACAGCGGGUUAUAUGGUGAUGGCAGAUUCCUUCAACACGUCUCUGUUCAAGCAAACCUUCCAGAGGAUUUUCAAUAAGGAUGUGCAGGGAUCUUUUAAAAUGGCCUUUGCAGGAACUCUAGAGAUUAAGACAUCAAGAGAGAUUAAGAUAUCUGGAGCAAUUGGACCAUGUGUCUCCCUGAACGCCAAGGGACCUUGCGUGUCAGAAAAUGAAAUUGGAACAGGCGGUACCUGCCAAUGGAAGAUCUGUGGUCUGGACCCCAACACCACGCUGGCAGUUUACUUUGAAGUUGUCAAUCAGCACAAUGCUCCAAUCCCCCAGGGAGGUCGAGGUGCCAUACAAUACGUGACCCAGUACCAGCACUCCAGUGGACAGAGACGUAUCCGAGUCACCACCGUCGCCAGGAACUGGGCGGAUGCUCAGACACAGAUUCAGAACAUCUCUGCAUCAUUUGAUCAGGAGGCUUCUGCCAUCCUCAUGGCCCGUCUGGCCGUCUAUAGAGCUGAAUCAGAAGAGGGACCAGAUGUCCUGCGCUGGCUGGAUAGGCAGCUUAUCCGUCUGUGUCAGAAAUUUGGAGAUUACCACAAAGAUGACCCUAACUCGUUCCGUUUCUCUGAGACCUUCUCUCUGUAUCCUCAGUUUAUGUUCCAUCUGAGGAGGUCUCCAUUCCUACAAGUAUUCAACAACAGUCCCGAUGAGAGCUCCUACUACAGACACCAUUUUAUGAGGCAGGAUCUGACUCAGUCGCUCAUCAUGAUUCAGCCAAUUCUGUAUGCAUACUCCUUCAACGGCCCCCCAGAGCCGGUGCUGUUGGACAGCAGCAGCAUUCUGCCAGACCGAAUCCUCCUGAUGGACACAUUCUUCCAGAUCCUCAUCUACCAUGGAGAGACAGUAGCUCAGUGGAGAAAAGCUGGCUACCAGGACAUGCCCGAGUAUGAAAACUUCCGGCACCUCCUGCAAGCUCCAGUAGACGACGCUCAGGAGAUCCUGCAAACACGCUUCCCCAUGCCUCGUUACAUUGACACUGAGCAUGGGGGCAGCCAGGCACGGUUCUUGCUGUCCAAAGUCAACCCCUCUCAGACCCACAACAACAUGUAUGCCUGGGGCCAGGAGUCCGGUGCACCCAUCCUAACAGACGACGUGAGUUUGCAGGUGUUUAUGGAUCACCUGAAGAAGCUGGCAGUAUCCAGCGCUGCCUAAGCGCUUUCUCACACACACACAUGCACCAAUCACCAUUUCUACGUCCUCAAAGUAACAUCUCUAGGAGGUCUCCUAAUCUGACUUCUAAUCUGUUUUAUGUUGUGAACACAAACACUGCACAAAUGAAGUUCUCCUUACUCCCAGCAUGCCUAAUUUAACGAAUGACUGGCUUGGUAAUUAAAAGAUCAAUUGCAUCCUCUGUGUUUGAAGUUGGUUAUGCUUCAGACUAUAAAUUGAGGUAGAUUACAAGGCUUGGUGUUAAGAAGCCCUGCUAAACUACAACAGGGUCUCUGUCCAGUUAAGAAUGAUAAACUCUAUUCCCCUGCAGUGGAAUUAUUAUAGCAGAUGCAUCUCUUUUCCCAAAAACUACCAAGAAAUACAGAAGCAGUGUCACUGUAGCCUAUUCUACAAGUGUGUGUUGCCUCAAGUCACCAGCUGAAGAUCAUCUUGAGUGUCAUGUAAUCUCUUUUUUUUUUUUUUUUUUUUUUUUUACCCCCCCCAAUCACAUCUCCUUGUAGUGCGGAAAUGAAAAAUCCCAGCCGUAAACAAUGCUGGCUUGUGGAGUAUGAAAACAGCCUUUUUGUGAUGGUUUGAUAUUUAUGCUUGUUAUCCAUAGUAUUAUAGAAUUAUUUACCUGAUGUUUCUAAUAAAACUGUCCUAAUGUCA